AUGAAUUUCUUUAUGUACGUUGAUCAGUUUAACGACGAUGAAGAUGAAUCAGAUUGGAUUGAAACUGGAGACGAGUUACUUAUUGCAGAACAAAAUAUCAAAGAUGGGAAGCAAUAUACGAAUUUUGAUGAUUUUAAAGAAGUGAUCGGUAAAUUUGAAGACAAUAUCGACACGACUACAUUCGAAAAGUGUUUUAAAACUAAAGAACUAUGCGAUACGUAUUCCUGCGAUGAAAGUGAUCUUAUGUCAAUCAUUGAUCCAAAUGAUCCUAAAUCGGAACUUUCAAGAAAAUUAGAUGAAGAUAUAGAUGGCGAAUGCAAGAAAUGGAUCGAAACCCUGCGUAGUAGAGAAAAAGUUUCUGCAAUUCCUGAAUUGACCUCAGUUGUAGGCAAAACUAGAUGGCUCUUAAAAGAAUACGGCUAUAUGAAGCAUUUUGAUAGAGGAAAAUUUAAAGAAGUAGAAGGAUACUAUCACGAUUUAGGCAAGCCUGAUAGCGGAUGUAAUCAGCUAGCCAUCUACGUUAAUCGUUAUUUAUAUUGGUGCUCAUCGGGAACAGCUCUAAACUGGGAAUAUUUAAACGAUUCUCAUCUGAUAAAAGACUACAUUAAGGAAAUGCAUGAGAAAACAAAUUGUUCAGCUUCUUUCCUAUGUAACAUUAUUAUUGCAAUAUUGCGUGGAAGAAGAUUUGCUGUGGCACAAGGAAUGAUUUCUGAAGCAACAGAAUCUCAAAAGAUACUGCUUGAAGAUGUAUUGAAGAAAUAUCGUACACUUAUGAAGCAAAGAUCUCGCGAUAUCUCUCGAAACUUACGUAAAAGAGGUUCAGUUUUAGAACCUAAAAUGUUUUUCAAAGCGGUUAACAAACCAGCAUUAAUGAAAAAGUAUAAUGAUCUAGUGACAUAUUCCAAAAUGAUCAAGAAGAAAAAUGGAAAACUGCCAGAUAGAAUGUAUAUCUUCGGUUUAAGAUUUACAUUAGCACAUAUGUUGUUAAGCUGUGCUUCUAGGCCUGGUCCAUUAUACAAUUUAACGUUAAACGAUAUGCGCUGCUCUCGAGGCAACUGGGAUGACGAGAAAAGUGAAGUUAUUAUUACUGUUUUAGAUCAUAAAACAGGCAAAUGCGAUGAUGCUCGCUUUAUUUUAAGUCAUUAUUCUAAAGUUGUGGUAAGAGAAUUUUGGCACUAUAUUCGACCUUUGGUACCUCAGAUAGAGGAUGGAAAUGAUGCAUACUUUUAUCUAAAUUCGUCAGGAAAACGUUUAUGCUCAUCACAGGUAAACUCUCAUGUUCGAGUCAUAUUUAAAGUAGCAGGUAUUGAAGGAUUUACAACUACAUUGCUCAGAAAAGCCAUUGAAAGCGCUUCGGCUAAUCGAUUCUCGAUGAAGGAUCAAGAAAACGUUGCUACACUACUAAACCAUGACACACAAACGGCUGAUAGGUACUAUAAAGUUUACAUUAAUAAUGAAGAAAAGGCAUACAAGGGUUGGGAAGCUAUUAAUUUGCUUUACAGCGGUAAGUCACCGGAACACGACGAGGAUGACUACGAAGAUAUUCGUGAUUUUCCAAAGCAUGAAAUUAAAGAAUAG